CCCUAACACAACACAACCGACCACCUACACUAUCUUCCUACCUAUUUCCCUACAACCAAAACACAUAAUCUACACCUCAAUAACCCCCUCCUCCCUCUCUCAAAACCUAGAAUAACAAUCCCCUCUAAGAACAACAAAAAUGACCAUCAAAACCCGCAUCUGUAUAAUUUCCGACACCCAUACCCUAACCCCCAACCCAGCCCCAAACACUACAAACCCCUACCGACAUCCCCUCCCUAGCUCCCACAUCCUCCUACACGCCGGCGACAUAACCAAAGUAGGGCUCAAAGCCGAACACGAAGUGAUCCUGGCCAUGCUCAAGGAGGCACCCGCGGAGCUGAAGCUAGUCGUAGCGGGGAACCACGACAUCACGUUGGACGAAGAAUACUACACACGGAUCGGGCACUACCGACACCGCUACAGAACAGAUCACACCGCGGCAUCCGCGACAGCGGGGAAGGAGAACGUAGGGGCGUCCUCCGAAGAAGAAGGGCGGGUGGAAUCCGUGCGGGAGGUCAAGGCGCUAUGGACGAGUGAGGAAGCCAUGAAUGCCGGGAUCCGGUAUAUGGAAGAAGGGGUACAGACGUUUACGUUGGGGAAUGGAGCGAGAUUUACAGUAUAUGCGUCGCCGUAUACGCCGGAGUUUUGUCAGUGGGCGUUUGCGUAUGAUCGGGAUACGGACCGGUUUAACCCCCCGCAGUCGAUAUCGGAGGGGGUGUUUGUGCCGGCGAACCCGGUGCCGGAUGAUGGGGUGGAUAUUAUGUUGACGCAUGGACCGCCGUAUGGGAUCUUGGAUAAGGUGGUGGGGUCGCAUGCUAGUGUUGGCUGUGAGCAUUUGUUUCGGGCUGUGGAGAGGGCGAAGCCUCGGUUGCAUGUUUUCGGGCAUAUACAUGAAGGGUAUGGGGCGGCGCGGCUGGAGUGGAGUACGCGGAAUCAGUCGAUCAUUCAGUGUGAUAAGGAGACGACGCUUGAGGAUCGGUGUGCGUAUGCGGAUGUCAGUGGAGAGUCGAAGAGUCCGCUGAGGGUGGGCGAUGAGACGCUGUUCGUCAAUGCGAGCGUGGUGACGGUUCAGUAUCAAGCUAUGAACGCGCCGUGGCUGGUGGACCUGGAGCUUCCUUCAAAGUAGAAAGUAUUAUGGGAUUAUCUCUUGUAAUCGUUUUCCCGUUGGGUGGUUGUUUGAAAUUACAUAUAUAUAUCCUCUUUGGCGUGCAUGCUAUCCUUGUUUUGCAUCUCAAGGGAAUGGACCUAAUUUGCCAUGAAUCAAGACUAAAUUCAAG